CCGGUAGGCAUUUGCCGCGAAACUCCAUUUGGCAGGAUGGCGUCGUCGUGGGAAGAUGGGGCGUCGAUCUUGCGCCGACCUGUAGACGCCGGGGCCCGGAAGCGGCCCGCGCCGGGUGCAUCGAGCGACUUUAUGGGCCUUGGCGAUGACGGAGAGCCUCCAGCCGGAGGUGCGCCCGAGGAGCCUGCGCCGGAGGCCAAGCCGCGAAAGAAGCGCAACAUCUUCUCGGAGCAGCAUUUGCUAAGCGACCGAGGUUUCCGCGCAGUCUACAACUCGUUCCCGGGCCACUUCAACACGGCCAUUCCGGAAGGCCAAGAAGCGUUGGCGCUGCGCGAUCUCAUGACGUGCUACAAGGAGUGGGCGUUCGAGUUGUUUCCGGCCCUGCGCUUUGAGGACUUUGUCGACCGCACCGAAGCGAUUGCCAAGAAGGCCGCGGUGGGCGAGCUUCUCCAAGAACUGCGGUCGAAGGAAGCCAAGCGCGGCGAGCCCGAGCCCGACUUUGCCGAGAUCGUGAAUUCCACAGCAUCGACGCGCGAUAGCAGCAGCGCGAGCUAUGCCCCGCGCGAUAGCAGCAGCUCUAGCCAAGCCCUGCCGCGUGACGCUCCGCGCAGCGACUCGUUCGACGAUGCGCUCACGGCAGAGCAGGAUAUGGAAGCGCUCCUCGAGUACGAGGCCAUGCUCGCGUCCACGCGCGACGACGCCCGCAAGGUGCCAGCCCAGGAGCCAUCCAACGACAAGUCGAGCGAUGAGGAAGAAUUCCAAGCGCCGUCUCUCAAGGCUGCGCCGAGAUCGGCCGAGCCCAGUGACAACGUGACCGAGGCCGAGUCGCCGCCUCUCUCGACGGUUGCCGAGAAGCCAGAUGACACUGCCGACGAGCCUCGUGACGCUACCGACGAGCCUGCGGACGAGGUCGACGAUGCGCCUGCUGAUGAGGUCGACGACGAUCCUGCUGUUGACGCCGAGGAAGCGCCGUCGCAAGCCGCUGUCGAGCCUGCGUCGCAGAUGGAGGAGCCUGCCUCCCAGGCCAUCGACGAGGACUACGAGCUCCCGAGCGACGAAGAAGCCGGCGACGUCAUGGAGUACGAAGCGCGGACGUCGAUUUUGCGGGACAUGGUGGAGACGACGGAGACGCGACGACCGCGGACGUCCAAGGCGCUCGACGAAGCCGCGACGCUGCUCGAAGAGGAGUCGGACAGCGACGCCGAGCUCGACUUUCCGGCGACGCGCUUUGGUACUGCGUCGCAGGUGCCACCGACGCAAGGAGACGACGACGAUGAGACCCAAGUCAUAUGAGAUUAACGACGGCCGCCCAAUCGAUUCGUAUACGCAA